AUGAGGUCAGGGUAUGCAGCGUGCAGUCCGGUUACUGUGAAAUCAGGAGACAGAUUCAUCCCCACACGUGCCGGCAGCAACUGGAGCAUAAACUUCCACUAUGCCAAUGAGAACUGUUGGUCACCCAAUCAGAAUCAGCGGGCGAAGGAUGCUAGUACAGACACAGGGAAAGACGCUGUGGCGUAUGCUGCACUGCUAAGGAAUGAGCUGUUGGGAGCAGGAAUCGAAACCGUGCCUGAUCCUCACACGGAUGACCGUCGACACACCAUCCUCAUGCAGGACACACACAGCCUCUUCAGGUACACCAUCCACACAAAGAGAGUGCCUUUUGACAGUGAAAUCUCCCCCUACUCCCUCUCUCCUCUCAGUGUACAUCACAAACUAUUACGUUCACCCCGAAAGCCAGCUCGCAAGAUUUCCAAGAUCCCAUUCAAGGUUCUUGAUGCCCCAGAGUUGCAAGAUGACUUCUACCUCAACCUGGUGGACUGGUCAGCUGGAAACCUCUUGAGUGUUGGGUUGGGGGCCUGCGUUUAUUUGUGGAGUGCCUGUACCAGUCAGGUGACGCGGUUGUGUGACUUAUCAUUGGAUGGUGACUCUGUUACAUCAGUGUGUUGGAAUGAGAGGGUCAGCACAAACCUUUUAUAUGUUAUAUAAAGAUUUCUGACUUGAGAUUGUAUUUGGGAUUGUUUAGGAAAACUAAGAUCUUCAUCACGAACAAAUAAUCUUCAUAUAACCUCAGGAGCACUUGCGUGGAAUGGAGAGCAGCUGUCGUCGGGUAGCCGGGACCGAGUGAUUCUGCAGCGGGACGUGAGGACACCUCCUCCUGUGGAGAGACGCCUCCAGGGCCACAGGCAGGAAGUGUGUGGCCUCAAGUGGUCACCUGACCACCAGCACCUCGCCUCUGGAGGGAACGAUAACAAGUUACUGGUGUGGAACAGCUCCAGUCUGCUCCCCGUGCAGCAGUACAGCGAUCACCUGGCCGCCGUGAAGGCCAUCGCCUGGUCUCCUCACCAGCACGGCCUGCUGGCCUCCGGAGGAGGAACAGCUGACCGCUGCCUUCGCUUCUGGAACACUCUGACCGGACAGGCAUUACAGAGUACUGACACCGGCUCACAGGUCUGCAACCUGGCCUGGUCCAAACACGCCAACGAGCUGGUCAGCACACACGGCUACUCCCAGAACCAGAUCCUGGUGUGGAAAUACCCAUCACUCACCCAGGUGGCCAAGCUCACAGGACAUUCAUACCGAGUCCUUUACUUGGCAGUGUCUCCAGAUGGCGAGGCCAUCGUAACGGGAGCAGGAGACGAGACGCUGAGGUUCUGGAAUGUCUUCAGCAAAACACGCUGCACCAAGGAAUCCAAAUCAGUGUUGAACCUCUUCACCAGGAUACGGUAAUUCACAGCCGGAGAGCAAUCCAUCCAAUCACGUGAACGAAUGAAAGCCUUGAACUCACUCUGUUCUGUGUCCUUGCAUCAACUCUAGACCCUCCGACAGAGAGAGACCACAGCACUUCCUUCAUUCUCACUUUUUUACUCAGCAGAUUUCGGUUUUAUCCCG